GGAGUAGAAGGGGCUGGAUUGAAAUCUCAGCGUUCUUCUUUAUUGCCUGUUGUGACAAUGAGCGAAUUGCUUUCUCUCUGAGAGCCUCAGUUUUCUCAUCUCCCAUCUGAAAAAUGGGAAGUUGGUAGAGAUAAUCUCUCCGAUUUCUUCUUACUCUAAAUCCUGUUACUAUUCCACCUUUAUGAUUUUUCUAGAGGGACAGGGAUUAGAUCCCAUGAAGAGGAAGCGGAGUCUGACUCCAGGCUGUUACCCAGCAAGGACCCUUCUGGUGGAGCAGGUUCUAGUCUCUGCUCUGAUACCGCCGUCUAUGACGUUGAAGAAAUGGCAGAUUCCUUCCGCCUUAGUUUUUCUCAUUCCUCAAAUGGGGAUAAUACUUAAAAAUAAUUCUCCUUUUCCCCACACAAAGUAGUGGUGUGGUGGAUAGAGUGACCAGCCUAGAGUCAGGAAGACCUGAGUUCCAGUCCGAUUCCAGAUGCUUCCUAGCUGUGUGACCCCUGGGCAGGUCAUUUAACCUCUGUCUGUCUCAGUUUCCCUCAUCUGUAAAAUGGGGAAGAUAUUAGCAUCUAGUUCCCAGGAUUGCAAGGAUCCAAUGAAAUAGUAAUUGUAAAGUGCUUAUAGCACUCUGCUUAGCAUAGAGUAAACACUCUAUAAAUGGUAUCUAUUAUUAUUAUUAUUAAAGAUUUGAUAACUCUGGAAGUUCUUUGAUAAAAUUAAAAAAUGGUCAAGGGUGGCUAGGUGGUGCAGUGGAUAGAGUGCUGAGUCUGGAGUCAAGAAGACCCAAGUUCAAAAUGAGCCUCCACUAGCUGUGUGAACCUGGGCAAGGCACUACCCUACUUGCCUUAGUUUCCUUGUCUGUCAAAUGAACUGUUGAAGGAAAUGGUAAACUACUCUCCAAUAUCUUUGCCCAGAAAAUCUCAAACGGGGUCGCAAAGAAUUGGACAUGACUCAACCACAACAUAAGAGUUAAAAAACCUGAGAAAAUUGUUUUCAAUUGAGUUUUAUCUUUUUUAAUCAUCAAAAACCUGCCUUCUCUCCCUUCCACCUCCCCCCCCCCCCCCAUGAAGAAUAAAAAGAAAAAAACAUUACCCUUGUUCCAAACAUGUAUAGUCAAGCAAAAUGAAUUUCUGCCCUGGUUAUAUCCAAAAGAAAAUAUGCGUGUAUGGAUCCAGAUACUGAGAAGUGUGUGUGUAUAUAUAAAUAUAUAUUUCUAUAUCUUUAUAUCUGUAUUUAUGUUAGUGUAUUACCAAUAGGAAAUGAGCUGAAAUUCUAGAGGCAGAAAUCAAAAUUAAACAGAAGAAAGGACUUCCUGAUUGAGAAAGGCAAAAACAAUGUAAGCCUGAAAGACUCAGAACUGGAGUCAAAAGAACACAAAUCUCUGCUCCUUCGUAGUGGUUAUCAUCCCCUGGGCCUGGAAUGUACUUGCUCCCACUUCUGUCUCUUAGAAUCCCCAGAUUCCUUCAAAGCUCAGCUCAAGCAUCUGUUCCUUCUUAUCAGAGAUAUUUCCUGAUCCCCCUUUUUCCCUUCCCCCCAGCUGCCCUGCAUUUAUUUUAUACACACACACAGAAGACUAUCUAGCAUUUAUAUAGUGCUUUAAAGCUCUGUACAAUUGUUGCCUUGUUUGAUUCUCAAAACAAUCCUGGGCGGUGAGAGCUAUGAUGAUCUCAUCCCUUUUAUAGCUGAGGAAACAGAGGCAACCAGCUUCAGUGACUUGCCCAAGGUCACACAGUCCUUACAGGUCCCAGGUUAGGCUUGAACUUGAAUUUUCUCUGUUAUCCAACUCUUGGACUGGGUUGUUUCCCAUGAUAGAAUGUAAGCAGCCCCUGAAAGGCAGGGUUUUUUGUUUUUGUUUUUUAAACUCUGGUCUGCCACACGUGGUAGUUUCCCAAUGAAUUCUUCAUGCUUGAUGGAAUGAGUGAGUGAUCUUCUGGUGCAAUAAAAGGCCAUGCAUGAGGUGGCUCAGGCCAUAGAAAUAGAAAGUCGGGUCUGGAGAGGGAAGGCCCUGGGUUUAAAUCCAGCCUCGGAUAUUUCCUCACUGUGUGACCCUGGUUAAGUCACUUCACCCCGAUGGUCUAACCCUUACUGCUCCUUUGCCUUGGAACCCAUACUUAGUGUUGCUCUUAAGACAGAAGGGAAGGAUUAAAAAAAAAAAAAAAAGAGCCCCCGCGGGGUGACCUGCACGCAGUCUCCCUGGGCCCCUCUUCCCUGGAUGCCAUUUUAGUUUCGAGUCGGUGCCUCUCGGAGCUUUCCAGGGUAGUGAUUUUGACUGGCUGACCACAGACCCCAAGGGAGGUUCCCCAUUCUGGGAGCCGCACGGCUCCUCAGCCUUCGGUGACUAGCGGCUUUUUCGGAACAGCUUCCGGGCAGGGUCCCCUGAAGCGGGGAGGGGGGAGGGCCGCCAGGAAGGAGUGCCUCGAGGAUGUAGCACUUUCUCUGAGCACGCCGGCAGCUGUAGGGGUCCUGCUGCCUCCCGGAGCCCCACAAAAGGCAUUCUGUGUGUUGGAAGAAUCCCUCCCUUGUGUGGGCUGAGGAGGGCUUGUGGUUCUGAGAAAUAGCGACGGCCGGCUCCCCGCUACUCCCCUCAGCCCCUCCCCCCCGGCUUCCUGCAGUCCGGCCCUGGGGCAGAGGAAAGGAGUCUCCGCAGAGCCGGAGACCUGGGUAUUAGCCCCGCGGUGGGACCGCCAUCCCGUCACUUUCAUUUUCCCUCUCGGGGGCUCAGUUUCUCCACCUGAAUAUAAAAAAAGGGUGCGAUUAAGCCCUGUGUGUCUUAGAUCAGAGGGAGGGGGUGGAGACAAAGACGAGGAUCGCUUUCUCAGUUUAGGAUUCUAGAUUUUGAUCAGGAAGACAUGUUGGAGGUGACGUGUCUCAUACUCCCUAUUUUAUGGAGGAAGAAAAUGCAGGAGGCCCACAGAGGGGAUAUUAUGGCUUAUACAAAUGGGAAGUCGAGUCAGGAUUUGAACUCUGGUCCUCUUGAUUCGGCAUGAAACUGAAAAAAAAGUGCUCGGAUUGGGAGUUUAAAUCCCACACCUGACGAGUCCCUUUUUCUCACUGGGACUUUAGUCAGCUGUCAAAUGAAGAGGUUGGAAAGGAUGGCUUCUGAGAACACUUCUAACUCUAAAUCUAUGAUCCUUAGGAUCUCAUGAUUACAAAUCCAGGUCUUUUCCCACUGACAUUCUGGGGGCUGUGGUUGUUGAAGGAGUGCUUCUGGUUUCUUCUCUUAGAUUUCAUUAAAAAAAAAUUCUUUUAAACCCUUACCUUCCAUCUUAGAAUCAAUACUGUGUCAGAAGAGCUGUAAGGGCUAGGCAAUGGGGGUGAAGUGACUAGCCUAGGGUCACCCAGCUAGAAAGUAUCUGAGGCUAGAUUUGAAUCCAGAACUUCCCAUCUCUAGGCCUGACUCUCAAUUCACAGAGCCACCCAACUGCCCCCUUUGGCUUCAUUUUUGUGUAGAGUGAGACAGCUCUCUUAAAGUUGGGCUAGGAGGGCAAGGUGGAGACCCUCAGGGUUUUUGGUCCUGACUUCAUAAAAAGAGUUGAAUUUUAGAACAUUCUCCCAAUUAAGGGGAGGUGAUUUUGCCCAAGGACACAAUAUCACAGAAUUUUAGGGAUUGUUGUUGUUGUUUAGUCAUUUUUUGUCAUUCUGACUCUUUGUGACCCCAUUUGGGGUUUUCUUGGCAAAGAUAUUGGAGUGGUUUGCCAUGUUCUUCUCCAGCUCAUUUGACAGAUGAAGUAACUGAGGCAAGCAGAGUUAAGCGACUUGCUGAGGGCCACACAGCUACUAAGUGUUAGAGCCUGGAUUUGAAUUUAUGAAGAUAAGUUUUCCUGAUUCCAAGCCCAGGGCUCCAUUCACUACACCAUCUAGCUCUUUGCAAACUAUUGUUCAGUCAUUUUUCAGUCAUGUCUGACUCUUCAUGAUCUUAUUUGGGGUUUUCUAGGCAAAGAUACGUGAGUGCUUUGCCACCUCCUUCUCCAGCUCAUUAUAUAGAUGAGGAAGUUGAGACCAGCAGGGCUAAGUGACUUGCCCCCAGGCACUUAGCGAGUAUCUGAGGCCAGAUUUGAACUCAUGAAGUUCAGCCUGGCACCCCAUCCACUGUGCCACCUUAGCUGCCCUCAUCUAGCUCAAACUAUUCUUUAAUUAGAACCUCCUCUGUAACCUAUCCGCCAGGAUUAUUCAGGUUGUUUCAAGACCCUCCAGCAGGAGCAACUCACUGCCUCAUUUCACUUCUGCAUAGUUCCGCCAGUUUUUCAGUUUUUCUUAAAUUUACCCAUUUGCAGUUUUCUCAUUUCACCUGAUUUCUUCCUCUGACAUAGUCCGAAUCCCCUUUCCACACAAUAGCACUUUAAAAACUGGAAAACAGCAACCCUGCACCCCUUGAGUCUUCUCUGCUUCCUUUUCCCCUUUGCCUCCACCUGCCUCAUGGUUUUUCUGGCUUCCUACAAGACUCAGCCCAAGCCUCACCUUCUAUCUACUCUGUAUAUGUCUUGUAUGUACCCACUUACAUACAUACCAUGCCUCCCCCUCCCCCCAUUAGAAUGUAGUCUCCUUGAGGACAAAACCCAUUUCCCCCUUUUUCUACUCCAUAGCUCUUCUGACCCCAGAAGGUGGUACCAUGGAUAGAAUGCUCAGCCUGGAGUUAGGAAGAUCUGUGUUCAAAUUCAGCCUCAUAUUCUUCCUAGUUGUGUGACCCUGGAUAAUUAUUUGCCUCAAUUUCCUCAUCUGUAAAAUUAUCUGGAGAAGAAAUGACAAACCACUUCAGUAUCUCUGCUAAGACAAUCCCAAAUGGGAUCCCAAAGAGUUGGCUAUGACUAAACACGACUAACCUACAAAAAUACCCCCCAGCUCUUGGCACCACAGUGCCUCGCACAGAGUAAGGGACUGACUGACUGGUGAAAUAUCCCCAGGACCUUCAGGUGUUUCUUAUGUGGCAGGAUCUUUAUUUUCUUUUAUUAUGCUCUUCGUUUUCCAGGCUUCAAUCAUCCAAAUAAUUUCUGCUGUCUCUGUUCUUCCUCAACUAUGGUGCCAGGUCACCGGUGAAUGAGUGACAAAGCCAGGCCCCAGGAAAAGAGUGGUGUAACACAGGGAAGUAGGAAAGGAAUGGUUGCCUGGGUCACUGUUGGGGAUAGGUCUGGAACUGGAACUCCCUUUCUAUGAGUGAAUCUCAGGUCUUUUGACCCACCAGCUGGGAGAACCCCUCUGUCCCCACUGGCUUUUUCUCUGGCCUGUUUGUGAAAGUAAGGAGCCUGGGCCCAGAUAUGCCAUCACCUAGAGACUCUCUCCUUUAGUAUGGAAACCAGGAAGUCUUGGAUUCUCUUCUGAAUUUUCAAGAAUCCCUUGUGGUCCCACCAAUCAAAUACGCUGUGGUCAGCAGGUGAUUGAGAGAGUGAGGCGGGGCACUGGGAAAAGGGGAAAUGGCCUGCCUUAAGAAACAUUAAAUACGCUGCCCCCAGCCCAGAUCCUCCUUAGGCAGCUCCUCUUCCCCACAGAGGUUUCUGUUGUUGGGCCACUUGUCUGUGGAGAGUUGCAAGGCAGUCCACUCUGUGUGGCAUCGGCCUGACUUGGUUCUGGACAGCCCUCCGGAACCCUUUUCCCAUCGCAGACUGCCCGACCCUUUGCAGAGAAGGGCUGGCGGGGCCGUGGUCCAACCACAGCCUUGGGUACCUGGCUUCCUGGAGGCAGCCCCGCAGGCACUCCUUCCCAAUGAGGCUACACCUGCUCACCUCUAUUUCUGGAGGAGCCUUGCCCAGGUUUGGGGGGGACCGGAGAAGGCUGGCAGAUUUUUCCACCCAGGUCAAUUCCACGUCCCUGAAUUCCCCCACUGGCAGAGGGUCCAUGGCGGCACCUUCCCUGCACCCGUCCAUUGGCCCAGGCCUCGGCUCAUCGCUUGGCUCCUCUGGUCAGCUGCACUCACCCAUCAGCACCCUCAGUUCCCCCAUUAAUGGCAUGGGCCCUCCUUUCUCUGUCAUCAGCUCCCCCAUGGGGCCUCACUCAAUGUCUGUCCCCACGACUCCCACCCUUGGGUUUGGGACGGGCAGUCCCCAGCUCAACUCGCCAAUGAACCCUGUCAGCAGCACAGAAGAUAUUAAGCCACCCCUUGGGCUCAAUGGAGUUCUUAAAGUGCCCGCCCAUCCCUCAGGAACUAUGGCCUCCUUCACCAAGCACAUAUGUGCCAUCUGUGGGGACCGCUCCUCAGGUAAACAUUAUGGUGUGUACAGUUGUGAAGGCUGUAAAGGUUUCUUCAAGAGGACAGUUCGCAAAGACCUCACCUAUACCUGCCGAGACAACAAAGACUGCCUGAUUGACAAACGCCAGCGGAACCGGUGCCAAUACUGCCGCUACCAGAAGUGUCUUGCCAUGGGCAUGAAACGAGAAGCUGUGCAAGAGGAGAGGCAGAGGGGGAAAGACCGGAAUGAGAACGAGGUGGAGUCAACCAGCAGCGCUAAUGAGGAUAUGCCAGUGGAGAAGAUCCUGGAAGCCGAACUCGCUGUGGAGCCAAAGACAGAGACUUACAUUGAGGCAAACAUGGGACUGAAUCCCAAUUCACCCAACGACCCUGUUACGAACAUAUGCCAAGCAGCAGAUAAACAGCUCUUCACCUUGGUGGAAUGGGCCAAGAGAAUCCCCCACUUCUCAGAGCUCCCCUUGGAUGACCAGGUCAUUCUAUUGCGAGCGGGCUGGAAUGAGCUGCUCAUCGCCUCGUUCUCUCACCGCUCGAUAGCAGUGAAAGAUGGGAUCCUUCUUGCCACCGGCCUUCACGUCCAUAGGAACAGCGCUCACAGUGCAGGGGUGGGCGCCAUCUUUGACAGAGUCCUGACAGAACUUGUGUCAAAAAUGCGAGACAUGCAGAUGGACAAGACAGAGCUGGGCUGCCUGAGAGCCAUUGUCCUCUUCAACCCGGACUCUAAAGGACUUUCCAACCCUGCAGAAGUAGAAGCUCUACGAGAGAAAGUUUACGCUUCCCUCGAAGCCUACUGCAAACACAAGUACCCGGACCAGCCUGGAAGGUUCGCCAAGCUCUUGCUCCGGCUCCCUGCUCUCCGGUCCAUUGGCCUGAAAUGCCUGGAGCACCUCUUCUUCUUCAAGCUCAUAGGAGAUACACCCAUUGACACCUUCCUGAUGGAGAUGUUGGAGGCUCCCCACCAAAUGACAUAGACCAAACCUCACCCCGUAGGGUCAGUCCUUUUCUGUCCAGUGGGAGGCAGCCCCCACCUCAAGUCCCCUCUCCCAACCUCUCUGCUGAUGCCAGAAACAUCUUUUGUUCUGUUCUUCUCAGCCUGGAUGACAUCCUGUAUCCUCGCCUUGGUCCCCAUCUCCGUGCCGCCUUUUGCCCUUUGGGCUGGUUGGCUCACUGCUGCACCUAAGAAAUUUAUUGUUAUUAUUACUUCUUUUAAAUUACUUUUCUUGGAUGAAAGGCAGUGGAAUCAGGACAACAAAAUGGAGAGAAACAGUUUAAAAUUCAACUAAAUCCUAACCCUUUCCAAGGCCCUCCUGCUUGGUUCAGUCAUGUCCCCUGUUGGCUGCCACCCUUUUCUCCAUUGAGUUUUGCUCUUAUGGGGAUAUGGGAGGGGCUUCUGGAGAUGGAGUUGGAGGACAAAGGAGAGAAGGAGCUAAAUCCAUGGGGCUUCACUGGUCACAGUGGCUUUUUGGGAGAAUCUUAUGGGGAAGCAAGGGGAUUGUCUUAUUCUUGCUGUUUGUUUUUCCAAAUCACCUGCUCCUUUUUUUUUGUACUUUUAUUUUUAAUUAUCCAUUAUUGCCUUCUUCAAAAAGAGGACAUCUUCUCUCAGUAUUGGUGACCUUGACAGUGUCGGUACCCAGCUAACUCUCAUGUCUUGCACAGAGCAUUGUCAUCCUUGGAAAAGAGGAGGGAGGGGAAAAAGGAGUUGGGGGCCAGGCUUUCACAGUAAAUGGUCUCUGCCUGGCCUCAAAAUGUGUCCCUGCUGGCAGCUCCCUUCACCCAUCCCUGAGAAGACUAGAGGAGGUGUUUUUGGUGAUGGCCACUCGACACCACAAUUAUCCUUCACUCAGAGAGAGAGAGAGUGCAUGCACCAUUUUUCCAAAGAUAACAAGCUAUUAUCUCAGCACCAGAGCCAAUCAAAACAUGAGCCAAUUUCAAUGCACAGAUUUUUUUAUUUUGGUUUUGGGGAAAAAAUGUUUCUUUAAGGCUAUAGUGACUCAGAUAUCCUUCCUCCAUCCCCUUCUUCCCUCCUCCUCUUAACUUUCCAAUUUCUCCUACUUGGUCUGGGUUCCAAGCCCUUCACACCCACACAUGUACUCACACUUGACCAAGGUCAAUCUUACCCCAGGGUUUUGGCCUUUUUUCUUGUUUCCUAAAAUUUUUUUCAACUAUUGAGGGCUCUUAAAGUUGGCUGAGAUUAGCCACUAAAGUGUCUUGAGGACUUGGAUUUCCUAGGUUUGGCUGUCUUAGGGUCAUCAUUUAGCCCUUCAAGUAGCCUCUUGGAAGAAAGCUGGCCAUUCCAGAUGUAUUGUAGACAGCAUUGAACUCUAACACACACACACACACACACACACACACACACACACACACACAAUAACUGGGUGGCUCUAAUUGAGGGGUGUCAAUGAGCCACCGUCUGUUCCUUGAGUCACUUCCAUCUCUAAAACAUCUAUAUUUAAUUUUCCAUUAUUGAGAGGGUAUCAAGAUUUGAGUCAAAAAAAGAGUUAAAUCACAAGUACACUUGUGAGUCUACCUCACAAUAGGGGCAGUAAAAGACCAUCCAAGAAAACAGAAGAGUCCCCCGGGUCACCUGCUUAGAAUGUCUUCACAUCAUCAGUAAGAAUCUGCUUGCUCAUCUUGAAAAAUGAGUAUCUUUGGUGAAAUCUAAAGCUUUAUAUCUGCUGCUCCACUAGGUUAUGGGUUAGGAAAGAGUGUUGGUUGCUCUGAAGGCAGCCUGAAAAGCACCAAGUUUCUUGAUGACCAUACUCCAUUAGAUUUCUUUUCUCGGAUUUGUUGAGGCUUUUUAUUCUCAUGGAAGUCUCUUAGACUCUGUCUUGGCUUUGGAGAGGGGCAUUAGAUAUCAUUGGUUCCAUUUAACAAUGCCAUCCCUUCUCUGAGAUCUCUGAUGAGACAGUCAUUCAACCUCAUCUUGAGUCCCCUGGGUAAUGAGGGCUCACUAUUUCUUGGGGUAGCCCAUUCCAUUGUCAGACAGCUGAUUGUGAAGAAGUUCUAUCUUGGAGCCACAAAUCUUUCUCCUUAAGAUUAUUGCCUAAUGGUGAUCCUAAUUCUUCAGCUCUUUUCAGAUUCCCCAAACCUAGUGCUUUUAUUAUCAUCAGGUGACUUGAAGUUCCAGCCCAGAUACUAGGAGUUUCUUCCUGUCUCUCUAGAUAGACACGUCUAGCUUGAAUUUGGCCUAUUUCUUCAGUACUUUCUUUUUCCAUGCUCAGCCUUCCCAUGUUUCUCACUGGAGCUGGAGUAUUUCCAGUCAACAGGUGCUUCAUCAGAAAGAAAUGAUGAGAAAAGGACUAGAGGAAAGCCAGGCUGGGAACACUGAAGUAGGGGAAGGAAAUGAACAUUCAUUCAGAGCAUUUGCUCAGAGCCAAGGAUGAGGUGCCUGCAUUGAUUUAUUUUUCCCAACAAAAAGGGGUUUCUGAAAGGCUUAACUGACUUUAAUUUUGAGAAUUUAGAUGAGAAAUUAAAAAAAUGUCUUCUACUCUUUCCCCUAGCUCCUACCAAUAGCUAGUAAUUGCCCUUAAACAUCAGUCUUGUUCUGGCUGAGGUGAGACAGUGUCCAUCACUUGCAUUUCCCACUUACUCUUUGUACCUUUCUCUGGGAGGUCUUUCUGGAAAAUUCUGUAGAGAAAGAUGAUGCUGAACUUGUUGGCAAGGAAAAAAAGAAGCUGGAAUGACUGGACCUUGUCUCCAGUUUUCCUAGGGCCUUUGCAAUUUGUCAUAAGUUACACGGGCUUAUGGGUCCUAGCUAUGAAAAGUCUGGGAUUAAUACGGACUCAGACUCAUUUGGGAAGAGCCUUGGAUUUAACAUAUCUCUGAGAACUUGCCCUCAUAGUCGUAAGGGAUAUUAGGUGUCUGGGGUCAGUACCCAAGCAUAGCACAGAUUCUCUGUUUUCUCCUCUUACCCUCCCCAGGAAAUCUGAUUAGGUCACUGUAGCCUUAAAUAUACCACCCCAUUUGCAUGAAUCCAUAAUAAGGUUUUAUUUGACUCAUUAAUUUGUUAUUUCCUUAAACUCUGGCUUUUUUCCCCUCUUAUCAUUAUUAUUAUUGUUAUUAUUAUAAAUAUAAUACUGCUUGUUUGGAGAGGUGAUAUUUGGGUAAAAUGGCACAUUAUUCAAUAGAGAGUUAGGACUUUUAUUUAACCAGACAUUUAGUAUUCUCACAAAAAUCUGGUUCAAUUAAGGUGAUUUUUUGUAAUUAUUAUUAUUAUUUUUUGGUGGGACAAUCUUUAAUUUUCUAAAGAUAGCACUAACAUCAGCUUGUUAGCCACCCUUUGCCCCCAUAUUCCUGUUCUGUCCAUUUUCUUCUGACCUGGGGGGAAAAAACAAGUAACUAAGGCAAAAAUGGAGUUUUGAGCAGUUGACAACAGGUAUUUACGCUCAGCAGCCUUGGCUGUCCGGUCCUAUAGCCUCUUCCUUUUCCUACCUAUCUGGCUCCAGUUGGGGUCCCAUCAUCAGCAAAGCCGGGAGAGGGGACAUGGCCUGAAGAAACACAUGGACUGUUCAUGAUCAUGAUACAGGUUGCAGUUGCCCCAGGAGUGAGCCUUAUUCAUUUGUGCACUUUGACUUCUGGGCAGUGUCUCUAUAAAAUCUUAUGCUGAUGGAGCACUGAGGAAAUGCCACUUGCUAAAACCACUGGGGCAGAAAAGCCAGAAUUCCAUAUUUGCCUCUACCAUGCUGGAUCAUAACGCCCCCCUCUUAAGUCAGAUUUUUCCUUGGAAGCUGGCUUAUCUGGUGGUUGCUGCAGAGUAUUUACCCCAUGGCCAGUGGCGCUGUCACCACCCUAUUAGCCCAGUUGAGUGGGCCUGUUAAGGCCUGCCCAGAGGUGAAGAAGACUUCUUCUGAAAAGUUGGCUCACACACACCAUUAUUCAAGGCAAGGCAUUUCGGAAGAGCCUCUGCGGUUGACCUGUGGCACAAUAGUUCCUCCCAAGGUUUGGGGGGAGAUCUGCCCUGGUAUUUUCCAUCACAAUCUUGGGUCCACAGGUGAUAGGGAAGCUCUCUGUGCAACCAUCGUCUCAAUGGCCUCCAAAAAUGCCUGGGCAGAAUUUGCAAAGCAGUGGAUAAUCAGCUGAUGUUGUCCCCAUCACUGAAUGAAUAAGGUGCAUGAUUUAUUUUAAGUUGAUACAUAUGUGUGUGUGCGUGUAUACAUGUAUGUACUGUAGAUAUAUACACUGUAUAUAUAUCCCCACUCACAUAUACAUAUAUUAUGCCUGUAGCAAUUACAAAUGUUUUGUGUUUAUUUUUAAUCAGUUUCUUUUUUCUGUUUUCCUGUAAAUUUGCUUCAUGUAAGCAAGUACAUAAGGACCCCUCCUUUGGUGAAAUCCGGGUUCGAAUGACUAUCUCAAGAUGAGGAGAUGCAUCUAUUUUAAGAUGCUGUCGGGUAACAGCUUUAGCAGUCCCCCUCUUUGGCAAUGCCUUAGCUAUGACAAAUACGUAGCUAAAUGUCUAGAAAGAACGACGAGUAAACAAAGAGAUAAGAAAAAUGUCUAAAGCAUCACUAGGUUAAAAAAAAAUCUAUUUUUGUACAAAUGUAAUUUUAUCCCUCGUGUAUACUUGGAUAAUGUGUUUGGGGAGGGGGGAGGGAGUUGUUUUGUUUCGCUUCUAGAGAUUAUUGUACACACUUUCUUGGUAAACGUUCUGACUUGGAGAUGGAGAACGGAAAAGAGGGAGGGAAAUCUUCCGAAAGUGUUUAAAGGCUUUAUAUUCAAACUCUUCAGAAAUAUUUUUAUUUUAUUUUAUUAUUGUUAUUUUUGUUUCUGGAAUGAAACUUCCAAGGUUUUUCUCUCCCCCUUCCCCCUUUGACUUCUUUUGUAAGUCUUGUCCCAUUUUUGUUGAAUAGCCUAGCAGUCUUGCAGCUCUGUUUUACUGUGAAAUCCCGUCCACAUAGCAUUGGUCACUCGAGAAUCACUGCUGCAAAUACUAGGAUUUUGAUGAACAGUGGGAUAGACUUUGUUGAACAGUGGGCUUAGAACUGUCCAAAAAAAAAAAAAUCCAAGGGGGAGAAAAAGCAGAAACAAAGAAAAUCUGAUCAUUUUAAACUAUCAUACAGUUCAAACUCUUGUUCUGUGUGGGUAUGCUUUAGUCAGAGGUUGAAACAGUACUUUGAUGAACUCCGGUUUGCAGAGCUUCCUGAAGCUCUCCACUGUUCCCAAGCAAGGCCUCCUGCUAACCAAGUUCCAUCCUAUGGCCUGCUUGAGUCCAAAUGUUGUGAGUAUGGGUUCUAAUGGUUGAUAGCUUCCUCCCUUGGCUCCAACCCACAGAGCCUGUGGAAAAUGGGUGGCAGUGGAGAGAGAAAGAGAGAGAGAGAGAGAGAGAGAGAGAGAGAGAGAGAGAGAGAGAGAGAGAGAGAGAGAGAGAGAGAGAGAGAGAGAGAGAGAGAGAGAGAGAGUUACUGUUGAAGGGAGUGGGUGCAUUCAGUACCCUCUUGAACUCUGGAGUCUCAUGCUGUCAUCAAACAUUUCCCAGGAGAAUACAAAAAGCAUUGACAUCCAUUUUGCUUACCAAGUGGGCAGUGGGGGGGCAGUGAGUCAUGAAACUGACAUACACUGACUUCUGGUUUCCCCAUGGGCCCAUGCAGCAUUUAGCAGUGUUUCACCCCCCCCCCCCCAUUUGUUUGAUUUUUGCCUUCUAGAUCAAUGAGGACCUUGUGAUAUUCAUAUCCCAAACAUCUGGGGGUGAAUUUUUCAUUAAGCUGGAACCUAUCUCUGCCUCCUCUUAUUCUUUGUCCUUUUAUUUCCUUCCCCCUCUUCCUUCUCCCUGAAUUGGUUCAACUCCAAAAGUUCUUAAGAAAGAUGAUAAACAGAGUGAGUCCAGGGCCAAAUGUUAGUGGAUGUCAAAGGAAUUGGGAAGAGAGCAUCCUGUAACAUCUCUGUUCAGCCAGCUUGGCAUGGGGCUGGAGGACACUUGUGGGUUGGUGUCUUGCUACAUCCAUGGUGCCGGGCAAUUCAUAAGCCGGUGAGUCACUUUAGAGCAGGCUAAAUAUGUAGUAGCAUUUGGUUUCCUCUGUAGAACCUCAAAAUAAAUGAUGUAAUAUAACUGCUCAGUUAAUAACAGGUUAAUAAUAGCCACCAUCUGGCUCCAUCUCAUGUGAUAAAUGCUUUUUGUCUCCAAGCUGUCUGAGAGCUGGGGGCUGCCUCAGGAUCCCCUGGGGGAUGCCUGAGCCCAAGUGGCAGGUACUGUGAGUUCUGAGAGAAUGGGAGUAAACAGACUCUCCUGUCCUUAACUGCCCAAAUCCCCACUCCUGCCCGCCCCACCCCUAGCUCUAGUCUGGGCCGGACAACGCCUCAGAUCAUCCCCUCUGUGAAAUGAGGAACAGGGGCCGCAAGGAGUGGCCUUGAAUGUAACUAACUCGGGCUUGGUUCACAGAACAGACUGCUAAGCUGUUGGGCAUGAGAAAAGGACGGCCUUCUUCUGUUCUGAAGACUAGAAAGUUGGGGAUGUGGGGGAGAGGAGAGAGAUGGGAACUUCAGACCUGUGGCUUCCUUUUGGUCCCUGCAAUAGGUUAAGCCCAGAACAACGAACCAGCAAACAUUGUGGAGGGAGAAGAAGGGCAUGCUGCUAGCAGCCGCUCCGGAGGCUGGAACAUCACUACCGUCCUGGUGUUGAGUCUGCCUGGCUUAUAUGCCAGCGAGGUGGAAGGGAUAAAGAGAAAUUUGCAGAGGGUUAGUUGACAACCAGAGACCAGCCUCAGCACUUCUUGGCCCUCUGUCCUAAGGCCAGAAAUGAGCAGGAAAAGAGAAAGACAGGACCUCACGAAGGCUUUGGGACACCUUUUCCUCCCCAAUCAGGAAGGGGCUGGAGAGGAUCUCAGAGAUGAGGGUGGCUGAGGGCUGACAUUUUGGACUCCACUUGACUCCCAGCAAAUGAAUAAAUUUGUUGCUAUACUCAAGAAAAUCAAAUGGCCUUUAUCCCCUCCUCUUUUCACCCCCUUCUCCUUUCUCUUGUUAUCGAGGCAGAUACCACAUGGGUCAUGAAUUGGGUCCUCUUUUCUCCCACCCACCCAGGAGAGAGUGGGGCUAGGGAGGGAAGGCAGUGGGAUUGGGGGUUCUCUGGUGACCAGCCCCCCAGGGAGGUUGCUACCCCCCGCCCCACCUUAGGUGUUGCUCAUGCUUCUGCAGGGAUCAAAGCUCCUAUGUUGAACUUCUCUUGAACUUGUUGCUAUCAACUUAUUAUUGUUUAAUGUAAUAAAAUCUGUUACGUAUA